AUGUCUGACAUUGAACUUAUUGACAUCUUAUCUCGGGACUUUGAUGUCCUUCUUGAUGAUGCAGACGAUUAUAAUGUUGCGAUAUAUGCUGGAAAAGAAUCAGAGAUGAAAGUCUUGGGAGCGCAUUCAGUCGUAUUAAGGGCUCGAUCAUCAUUUUUUCGUCAAGCAUUGUCAAGCGAAUGGGCCAAGAAAAAAGAUAAUCUUAUAGUAUUAAAAAAGCCCAGUAUAUCACCUGACGUUUUUAAAAUUAUUUUAAGAUACAUUUACAAUGGAAGGAUGUCUUUUGAUUUGGUAAAGGAUAACGCGACAAUCCUCGAUAUUCUAAUAGCAGCCGAAGAAUUAUGUCUUCCUGAACUGUGCGAUUGUAUUCAGGACCAUCUUCGAAGCAACAAUGAUGAAUGGCUCAAAAAGAAUUUCGCUCUUGUUUAUCGUACAGCCGCGUUCAAUGACAGUUUCAAGAAACUUCAAGCUUACUGUGAUCAAAUAGUGCAGGAAUUUCCCGAGCUCGUUUUUAAAGCCAACGACUUUCUUGAUAUCGACGAAAGAGUUCUUUUAUUGUUACUGAAACGCAGCGAUAUUAGAAUGGAUGAAGUCGAUAUCUGGGAUCAUAUGCUACGAUGGGGGAUUUCACAAACGCAUAAUUUGGAAAGAGAUAUAAGCAAAUGGACACAUUCGGACUUUACGGUUCUUCGAACUGCUCUCUAUAAAAUUGUUCCUUUGAUUAAUUUCUCCCAGAUGCACUCUAUAGACUUUUAUAACAAGGUCAAGCCAUUUCGACGGAUACUCCCAACGGAUCAAUACGAGGAUUUACUUCAUUACUACCUCGUUCCCGGUAACCAAUUAACGUCAGCUCGGCUUGCUCCCGCGAGAACGAAAUCAAGUAUCAUCGAUUGGCGACAUGCAGCACUCAUUUCUUCUUGGAUCGAUCGUAAAGAUGAGAACAUCUCAACCAGUGGCUUUACUCCAUAUACUUCCGCUGGGAUUCCUUAUGAAUUUCGGUUAUUUCUCAGAGGCAGUCGUGAUGGAUUUUCUACCACCAUUUUUCAUGACAGAUGCGAUGCCCAGUCACAUACCGUUACCAUAAUAAAGGUCCGCGAUUCCUUCGAAAUACUUGGCGGUUAUAAUCCUCUUCCAUGGAAAAAACAAGGUUUUGACGAGUGGCAGGAAACAUCUGACAGCUUUCUAUUUUCGUUUUGUGACGACACUUUGCAGAAUGUACUAGUUAGUCGAGUACAAGAAGUCACAAGAGCUGUGCAUAGCAUGCCUUCGUUUGGACCGUCUUUUGGGAUAAGUGAUUUGCAGAUGAAGGAGAGUGCUAAGGACAAUUUUAUUUGUACAGCCAAGAGGAUGUCGUAUGAAAGGCCCAUUCGAAAGAACAAGGAAGCGUUCGCUAUUGAUGAUUAUGAGGUAUUCCAAGUAAUAGCGAAAAAGAAUCCAGCUCCGCCAUGA